UUGUGCAAGUUCUCCCACUUAAAAAGAUGUGUAUUUGCAAAUUAUGGUGGAAAAUAAGUAUUUGGUCAAUUACAAAAGUUUAUCUAAAAUACUUUUAAAUUUAAUAUUUACGUUGUAAGUCAACUAGCUGGCUAAUGCUAACUAGCCAUUAUCCCCGAACAUGAGUUCACCAAGCUACUCUCCUCCUGAUAAAGAAGAGGUGGUUUGCUGGACGGAGAAAGAAGCUCUCGUGAAAGAGGAGGCGGAAGAGGAGGCUGUUACAAUACACAAACAAGUAGAGGGUGAGGGUGUUACUGUGAAAGAAGAAGAGAAAGACGCGUUCAGAGUGAAAGAGGAGGAGGAUGUUACUGUGAAAGAAGAGGAUGAAGAUGCAGUUUUUGGAGUGGAGGAUGAAGUGAAAGAAGAUGAAGACGUUUUUGGAAUGAAGGAUGAAGAAGGGGAGAUUACUGUCACAUUAGAGGAGGACGAAGAAGAGAAGACUGGAGAUCUGAUUAACACCAGUAAAUUACAGAGAGAGAUGUGAAUAUCGUGGAUCCUCUGGGGAGCCUCAAAAACUUCAUGAUGCUGACGAGACAGAGAAGAGUCUCUCCAGAUCAGGACACCUCAAGAAACACCAGCAGAGACCCACAGGAUAGAAACCACACUGCUGCUCUGACUGUGGGAAACGUUACAAAACUUCAUCAGAACUUAAAAAUCACCAGCAAGUAUACACAGGAGAAAAAUCUUAUAGUUGUGAUCAAUGUGGGAAGAUUUUUACUAAAUCUAGCAAUCUGACUAUACACCAGAGAACACA